CGGCCACACAAAGGCCUGUCUCCAUGGCAGCCGCGCGGGCCGGAGCGCAGCGCCGAUCGCGGCCUGGGCGCCAUCGAGCCUCGGCGGCGGACGUGCAGAUGGAAAAUGAGGCACCUAGAAGUGAAGUGACUUGCCCAAGGUCACACAGCUAAGAACCUUGAUGCCAGUCCGGAGCACAGACUGAGUGGCACUUCUGGAGCCUUGGGGCCUGGAGGCGAUGGCAUUGCAGCUCUGGGCCCUGGCCCUGCUGGGCCUGCUGGGCACAGGUGCGGCCCUGCGGCACCACAAGCUGAACUUCUUUCAAAGUGAGACGGAGCUGAACCACCUUGUGGUGGACAGAGAGACGGGCGUGGUGUACCUCGGUGUGGUGAACGCGCUCUACCAGCUGAAUGCCAACCUGCAGCUGGAGCAGAAGGCCGGCACUGGCCCCGCCCUGGACAACAAGAAAUGUACGCCCCCUAUCGAGCCCAGCCAGUGCCAUGAGGCCAUGAUGACUGACAACGUCAAUCAGCUCCUCCUGCUCGAUGCCCCACGGAAGCGCCUGGUGGAGUGUGGCAGCCUCUUCAAGGGCAUCUGUGCCCUGCGCGCCAUGAGCAACAUCUCCACUCGGCUCUUCUACGAGGACAGCGGCGGCGAGAAGUCCUUUGUGGCCAGCAAUGACAAGAGCGUGGCCACCGUGGGGCUGGUGAGCGAGACGGUUCCUGGCGAGCGCGUGCUGUUCGUGGGCAAGGGCAACGGGCCACACGACAACGGCGUCAUCGUGAGCACCCGCCUGCUGGACCGAGUGGACGGCCGGGACGCCUUCGAGGCCUACACGGACCACGCCACCUACAAGGCCGGCUACCUGUCCACCAACACGCAGCAGUUUGUGACUGCCUUCGAGGACGGCAUCUACGUCUUCUUCGUCUUCAACCAGCAGGACAAGCACCCAUCCCGCAACCGCACGCUGCUGGCGCGCAUGUGCAAGCAUGACCCCUUCUACUACUCCUACCUGGAGAUGGACCUGCAGUGCCUGGACCCCAGUGAAGCUCUGGCCCCCACCUUCAGCACCUGCUUGGCGGCUUCUGUGGCCUUGGUGGGCACCGGCCCGGUGCUCUAUGCCGUCUUCAGCAGGGAGGGUCGGGGCGGCGCUGGGCCCAGAGCCGGCCUCUGCUUGUUCCCCCUGGAGGAAGUCAAUCAGAAGAUGCAGGCUAACCGCGACGCCUGCUACAAAGCCACGCAGGACACCUUCUACAAGCCCUUCCACGGCGAGAUCCAGUGCGGGGGCCACAUGCCGGGUGCCAGUGAAAGCUUCCCAUGUGGUUCAGAACACCUGCCCUACCCACUGGGAAGCAGAGAUGGACUCACAGCCACGGCAGUGCUGCAGCGUGGGGGCCUGAACCUGACGGCCGUGACGGUGGCCGCUGAGAACAACCACACCAUUGCCUUUCUGGGCACCUCAGAUGGCCGGGUCCUCAAGGUGUACCUCACCCAAAAUGGCAGCUCCUCGGAGUACGGCUCUAUCCUUGUGGAGAUCAAUAAGAAAAUCAAGCAGGACCUAGUGCUGUCUGCAGAUGGGAACAGUCUGUACGCCAUGACCCAGGAUAAGGUGUUCCAGCUACCAGUGCAGGAGUGUGAGAGCUACCUAACCUGUGCUCAGUGCCGCAGCUCACAGGACCCAUACUGUGGCUGGUGCGUUGUUGAGGGACGAUGCACCAGGAGGGCCCAGUGUCCACGUGCGGAGGAGUCAGGUCACUGGCUGUGGAGCCGUGAUGAGUCCUGUGUGACCAUCACCGGGGCUCAGCCACAGAACAUGAGCCGGCGAGCCCAGGGAGAGGUGCUGUUGACCAUCAGUCCCCUCCCUGCCCUGAACGAGGACGACGAGCUGCUGUGCCAUUUUGGUGACUCGCCGUCACACUCUGCCCGCGUGGAGGGAAAUGCCAUCAUCUGCAACUCCCCGAGUAGCAUUCCGGGCACCCCGCCUGGCCAGGACCACGUGGCUGUGAACAUCCAGCUGCUGUUCAGACGUGACAACGUCUUCCUCACCUCCCACCUGUACCCCUUCUAUGACUGCAGAGAAGCCAUGAGCCUAGUGGAGAACUUGCCGUGCAUCUCCUGUGCCAGCAACCGUUGGACUUGUCAGUGGGACCUGCGCUACCAUGAGUGUCGGGAGGCCUCACCCAACCCUGAAGAGGGCAUCAUCCCAGCCCACAUGGAGGACAACUGCCCCCAGUUCCUGGACCCCAAGCCUCUCGUCAUCCCCAUGAACCACGAAACAGAGGUGACCUUCCAGGGCCAGAACCUGGACACAGUUAAGGUCUCCUCCCUGCACGUGGGCAGUGAUUUGCUCAAGUUUGAGGAGCAAGUGACCAUGAGAGAGACGGGCACCUUCUCUUUCCAGACUCCAAAGCUGUCCCAUGAUGCCAAUGAGACGCUGCCACUGCAUCUGUACGUCAAAUCCUUUGGCAAGAACAUUGACAGCAAGCUCCAAGUCACACUCUACAACUGCUCCUUCGGCCGCAGCGACUGCAGCCUGUGCCUGGCCGCCGACCCUGCCUACAAGUGCGUGUGGUGUGGCAGUCAGACCGGGUGCGUGUACGAGGCCCUGUGCAGCAACACCACGUCCGAGUGCCCGCCUCCUGUCAUCACCAGGAUUCAGCCUGAGACGGGCCCGCUGGGCGGGGACAUCCGCCUCACCAUCCUUGGCUCCAAUCUGGGAGUCAGAGCAGAGGACGUCAAGAGUGUCACCGUGGCAGGCCAGAACUGUGUCUUUAAACCAGAGCAGUACUCCGUCUCCACUCGGAUUGUGUGUGUCAUCGAGGCGGCGGAGACGUCCCUCACCGGGGGCAUUGAGGUGGAUGUCAAUGGGAAGCUUGGCCAUUCUCCGCCCCAUGUCCAGUUCACGUACCAAGAGCCCCAGCCCACAAGCGUGGAGCCCAAGCAGGGGCCGCUGGCAGGUGGCACCGUGCUGACCAUCAAUGGCAUCCACCUGGACACAGGCUCUGAGGAAGACGUGCGGGUGACCAUCGCUGGCGUCCCUUGUAACGUGACACAGUUUGGAGAGCAGCUGCAGUGCGUCACUGGCCCCCACACCUCUGUUGAGGAGCUGCCCUUGGAGAUCUGCUACGGGGGCUCCACGGUGUCCAGCAAUGAUGUCGUCUUCACCUACCGCGAGAAUCCUGUGCUGCAGGCCUUCGAGCCCAUGCGGAGCUUCGUCAGUGGAGGCCGGAGCAUCAAUGUCACGGGGCAGGGCUUCAGCCUGAUUCAGAACUUCUCCAUGGUGGUCAUCGCUGAGCCCUUGCAGUCCUGGCAGCAACGCCGGGAGUCAGGACCCCUGCAGGCCACCACGGUGGUAGGGACCAACUACCAGCGCUACAACGACUCCAAGGUGUCGUUCCUGUCCCCAGCCGUCCCCGAGGAGCCCGAGGCCUACAACCUCACGGUGCUCAUCCAAAUGGACGGGCACCGUGCCCUGCUCCGCACCGAGGCUGGCGCCUUCGAGUAUGUGGCCGACCCCACCUUCGAGAAUUUCACCGGGGGUGUCAAGAAGCAGGUCAACAAGCUCAUCCACGCCCGGGGCACCAAUCUGAACAAGGCCAUGACAUUGCAAGAGGCCGAGGCCUUCGUGGGUGCUGAGCAAUGUGCCAUGAAGACCCUGACAGAGACCGACCUGUACUGUGAGCCCCCAGAAGUGCAGCCACCUCCCAAGCGGCGUCAGAAGCGGGACACAACACACAACCUACCCGAGUUCAUCGUCAAGUUCGGCUCCCGGGAGUGGGUGCUGGGCCGCGUUGAGUACGACACACGACCGGGUGACAUGCCCCUAGGCCUCAUCCUGCCUCUGGUCAUUGUGCCCAUGGUGCUGGUCAUUGCCGUGUCCAUCUACUGCUACUGGAGAAAGAGCCAGCAGGCGGAGCGGGAGUACGAGAAGAUCAAAUCCCAGCUGGAGGGCUUGGAGGAGAGUGUAAGGGACCGCUGCAAGAAGGAAUUCACAGACCUGAUGAUUGAGAUGGAGGACCAGACCAGCGACGUGCACGAGGCGGGCAUCCCGGUGCUGGACUAUAAGACCUACACCGACCGGGUAUUCUUCCUGCCCUCCAAGGACGGGGACAAGGACGUGAUGAUUACGGGCAAGCUGGACAUCCCCGAGUCCCGGCGGCCCACCAUGGAGCAAGCCCUGUACCAGUUCUCCAACCUGCUCAACAGCAAGUCCUUCCUCAUCAAUUUCAUCCACACCCUGGAGAACCAGCGAGAGUUCUCGGCCCGCGCCAAGGUCUACUUCGCAUCUCUGCUGACGGUGGCGCUGCACGGGAAGCUGGAGUACUACACCGACAUCAUGCGCACGCUCUUUCUCGAGCUGAUGGAGCAGUACGUGGUGGCCAAGAACCCCAAACUGAUGCUGCGCAGGUCUGAGACAGUGGUGGAGAGAAUGCUGUCCAACUGGAUGUCUAUCUGUCUGUACCAGUACCUCAAGGACAGUGCCGGUGAGCCACUGUAUAAGCUGUUCAAGGCCAUCAAGCACCAGGUGGAAAAGGGGCCUGUGGAUGCUGUGCAGAAGAAGGCCAAGUACACCCUCAAUGACACAGGGCUGCUGGGGGACGACGUGGAAUAUGCACCCCUGACAGUGAACGUGAUUGUCCAGGACGAGGGACUGGAUGCCAUCCCUGUCAAGGUCCUCAACUGUGACACCAUCUCCCAGGUCAAGGAGAAGAUCAUUGACCAGGUGUACCGCACGCAGCCUUGCUCCCGCUGGCCCAAGGCUGACAGUGUGGUUCUUGAGUGGCGUCCUGGGUCCACUGCCCAGAUCCUGUCAGACCUGGACCUGACCUCUCAGCGGGAGGGCCGCUGGAAACGCAUCAACACCCUGAUGCACUACAACGUCCGGGAUGGAGCCACCCUCAUCCUGUCCAAAGUGGGGGUCUCGCAGCAGCCUGAGGACAGCCAGCAGGACCUGCCUGGGGAGCGCCACGCCCUCCUGGAGGAGGAGAACCGGGUGUGGCACCUGGUACGGCCCACGGACGAGGUGGAUGAGGGCAAGUCCAAGCGGGGCAGCGUGAAGGAGAAAGAGCGCACCAAGGCCAUCACAGAGAUCUACCUGACCCGCCUGCUCUCCGUCAAGGGCACCCUGCAGCAGUUUGUGGACAACUUCUUCCAGAGUGUGCUGGCACCCGGGCACUCGGUGCCACCUGCUGUCAAGUACUUUUUCGACUUCCUGGACGAGCAGGCAGAAAAGCACGACAUCAAGGAUGAGGACACCAUCCAUAUCUGGAAGACCAACAGUUUACCGCUCCGCUUCUGGGUGAACAUUCUCAAGAACCCGCACUUCAUCUUUGAUGUGCACGUCCACGAGGUGGUGGACGCCUCCCUGUCCGUCAUCGCACAGACAUUCAUGGACGCCUGCACACGCACAGAGCACAAGCUGAGCAGGGACUCACCAAGCAACAAGCUGCUCUACGCCAAGGAGAUCUCCACCUACAAGAAGAUGGUGGAGGAUUACUACAAGGGGAUCAGACAGAUGGUGCAGGUCAGCGACCAAGACAUGAACACACACUUGGCAGAGAUUUCCCGGGCACACACAGACUCUCUCAACACCCUCGUUGCCCUGCAUCAACUCUACCAGUACACACAGAAGUACUACGACGAGAUCAUCAACGCCCUGGAGGGGGAUCCCGCCGCCCAGAAGAUGCAGCUGGCCUAUCGCCUCCAGCAGAUUGCGGCUGCGCUGGAGAACAAGGUCACAGACCUCUGACCUCCCACCUCCGCCACCCCAGUGGCAGGGUGCAGGUGCGUGGGGCCCGGUGCCCGGAGCGAUGCCAGGCAUUGGGGAGAGCUUCCAAGGCACGCGGACCAGUCUGCAGGGCUCCGCUCUGCUCUCUUACAGCCAAGGACCAGCCUCCAGCAUCUGAACACAGGCAGAGCGGGGACCCAACUCGAUGUUCGUAGCCAAGUAGCAUCUUCCUCCUGAGCAAUACACCAGCACCAGCUCUCCCUCCUGCAGAACCAGCAUCCGGUGUUGUCUCCACUCAAGUCUCCUGAGCGAUUCAACUCGAUUCGCAAACGUGCCUUAGGCCUCUGGCGCCAUGCUGGAUCUCUGGGGGCGUUCAGGCCUCAGCCCCCUCCCCAGCACCAGCAGCCACCUCACAUUUUUGGGUUUGGCCUCUCUGGCUGGGGUCAGAGUGCCUGUGGCCCCUGGGGCCUAGUGCCCAGACUGUGUCCUUCUGUCUGCCCCUCCGGGAACCGAAGGAGAAAAGUGAAAAAGUGGUACGAUGCCUUCCUGACCUCACCUGGCCCGCCCCGCGGGCAUGGACUCCAGGUCCAGGACCCCACCUCAAAGGUCAAGCUGGACGUCAGACGUCAGAGGCCCAGGUGGCCAGAGGGGACCCAGCAGAAUGAGGGUCCUGGUCUUGGUCCUGUCAAACAGGCUGUCCAAGAGGCCAAGCCCAGAUCUGGGGGGGCCAGAGGCAGCUCUACCAAGACAUCCCCUCUCCCUUUUGUAUAGCUUAAUUGUAAAUCAAAUACAGUUGUCUUUUUA